GCAAUCGCGACUGCAGGCAGGCUCCUAUCCGCGAGUAUGAUGAAAGAGUUUAAUGCUAGAAUCUACCAUAAGUAGCCAACAAAGUGAUGAACCCUAUCCGAUAUGUAUUAAUUGAACUGCUUCUUCUUUGUUCGUUUAUUUCGCUAAGUGAUGUUAGACUUGCAGGUAAGUUAUGUUUUUACAAACAUUUGAAAAAGCGUUUUUGAAAAGUGAAAGCAAACGUAAUGGGGCUGUUCUGCUAGGCUAUAACAUUUUAACAAAACGUUUUAAACUCGUUCGUUUUUUUAUAGUUCAAAUAAGGACUAGGGUACAGAAUAUCUUAAACAUUAAAUUACAUAUAGAAUAGAUUCUAGCUAUGUACUCUACUAAAAAGCUAGAAAAAUAAUAGUUAUGCAUCGCAUUCAGGCUAUAAAACAAUGGAAACUCAACUAAUGUCAGUUUGGAUGACAAAUCUAUAACACAUAUUUCUAUAUGAAUUUGGUCGGGUUGCCCAAAAAGUUACAUAUUGUAGCUUUAAGCAAAAUAUCCAUGCCUCUAUAAUAACGAAAAUGAAACCUACACGCAUAGAAUAAACUUCAAUUAAUGUUAUUUCACGCUUAUACUCUCACCCUCACGUUUAUAUUAUUAUCGAAAUGUUUAGGCCUGUCUUUUCAGAGAAGAAAUCACUUCAAUUUAUUUUCCAGAGAAUUAGAAGAGUGCAUAUACUGUAUGUCUUAGUCUAAGACAGAUUUUAAAAAGUAUUGCUUUUAUAUUCUUGCUUUCAUAAAUGUAUUUCUGAUAUCCUGUUAAUUAAUGAAAAUAUUAUAUAUGCCUACAUGUAGCCUAUUCUAUGAUUUUGUUGUUUUUAAAUAAAUUAUGCAUUUUAAGUUUAUCAGAAGUUCUAAUAGGCAUUCUCUCGUCAUCCAUUGUUCUCCCUUUCUCUUAACAUCACCCGCUCACAGUGAAACAUGAACUUCAGUACGUGUACACCUACUUCAAUUCCUCCCACUAUGAAGUUGUUGGGUUGUUGGAUGGUGAACUUGUGGACUUCUACAGCAGAGGCCUCAAUUCCCCUGUACCUAAAAAAAGAUGGAAUGAAAACGAGACAAGCUUUGGAUAUUAUGAGUGGAAAGAAAGUAUUUCAUCUCGACAGGACAUUAAUACGUGUUUUUUAUCCAGUGCUGUAGACCUGAAGAGGCACUUUGUAAAACAUCACUUAGGUGAGUUGCACCUUUGCUUUCUCAGCGUUGUUUUAGUUCAGUGUACUAAAUGCAUGUUAAUCCUUUCCAUCUUUGUCGUAUUAGGGGGUGAUAUUGUGCAGAUGAGACUUGGCUGUACUAAAACCACCACUGGAGGCCUUAGCACGGAGGAGAAAGACAUUGGCUUUGCUGAGUUUGCCUAUAAUGGAAACACAGUGCUGCUCCUCAGUCAUAACUCAAACAUGUGGAUUCCAAAAGAUGAAGAUGCUCAACAUAUUCACACUAUUGCACAAAAAUUGAACACCCUGAGCAUGAAAGACACUUUCACCAACUUUGUGAAUGUUAAGUGUCCUGUGGUACUUGAUAGUUUUCGAUCAUUAGAGAGCAAGAACUCAUGUGAGUGUUACUAUUGGUUGCACUUUGGUUUUACAAAUGUCAAAUUUGAUUAGCUGUUCCAGAUCUUUCAGAACAGUUUUACAGUCAUGUAAUCCCCACCUGUAUGGAUCACAUUCUUAUCACUUCUCCCACUGUCAAUCAGUGUCUCUUAUCACCUAUUUAUCCAGGUCUCAUAUUUAUGUUAUGUAAGUAACCAUGUAUUCUUAUGCCUCUGCAAUGUUGUAGCUGCUCCAAAGGUCUACACUGUCCCUAGUGGCUCUUUAAAACCUGGGUGGGUCAACCUGACUUGUUUAAUUACCGGAUCCUAUCCGAAGUCAUCACCCAUCGAGAUGAAUCUGUUUAGGGACAACAUCCUCCUAACGGAGAUGGAUGGUGUCCAUUCAUCGGGAGUCAGACCUAACGAAGACCACACCUACCAGCUGAGGAAGACAGUGAGGAUUAACGCCUUAGAGUCUGUCGUUUAUCGAUGUGAUGUCAAUCAUAAAACGCUUCCCUAAACCACGGAAUUACACUUGGGGUAAAAUUCUUUCUUCAAUUCAAUGACUUCAAAGCAUGGACAUAUUGAUGUUUGUGAGCAAAUAAAAUGGUCUCUUUAAGGUCCGAAUUUUGAUAAUGUAGAAUUUUUAUAUGUUGGAGAAAUUAAUGGGGACACCAUUAAAAGAUGAUUGCACUUCGUAUACUUAUAUAACAACUAUGCAGAAACCAAUGGAAUGACUACUGUGUGUUCUUGUGUGCUUACAGAGGUGAAAAAACAAGAGGAGGAGGAGCGAUCACAUCUUCUACUGGCUGUCGUUGCUGUCGUUGCUGUUGUUGUCGUUGCUGUUGUUGUUGCUGUUCUGUUUUUCAAAAACAGACGGAGAUCUGAGUCUAAUGAACAUUUGGCUGGUGAGUAUAGCCUAUUAAACCAAAUGAGUGUCAGCCCAACUUAAACAUUUGGCUGGUGAGUAUAGCCUAUUAAAUCAAAUGAGUGUCAGCCCAACUUAAACAUUUGGCUGGUGAGUAUAGCCUAUUAAACCAAAUGAGUGUCAGCCCAACUUAAACAUUUGGCUGGUGAGUAUAGCCUAUUAAACCAAAUGAGUGUCAGCCCAACUUAAACAUUUGGCUGGUGAAUAUAGUCUAUUAAACCAAAUGAGUGUCAGCCCAACUUAAACAUUUGGCUGGUGAGUAUAGCCUAUUAAACCAAAUGAGUGUCAGCCCAACUUAAACAUUUGGCUGGUGAGUAUAGCCUAUUAAACCAAAUGAGUGUCAGCCCAACUUAAACAUUUGGCUGGUGAGUAUAGUCUAUUAAACCAAAUGAGUGUCCGCCCAACUUUAACAGAGACAAGGGUGCUCAACCGAAGAAUCCAGUGCAUUAUAUUAACCAAGUUCCAUCUCCAAAAAGGUACUAACCAUGCUGGUUAAUUACUUACUGUCUUUAUUUACACUCAUGUUUUGUUAGCAGUCAAAUGUGUUAAACACUGGCUUGAUCAGAGCCAUACAGACUCUUCUCCAUGUGGAACUAAACAUGGAUGAUACUCUACAUAGAACUUAGGUUCUGAGACUAAUGUGAAAGGAUUUUUCCCAGCUCCUAAUCCUGAAGAGAAUGCUGCACUGAGAGCUCAAGUUGGAGGGAGUUUGACUGGUGAGUUUCAUUCUUAGGGUUGGUGUCUCUUUUCCAGGACCUCUGUUUUAUAUUUGAUGCUGAUGCAUGAUAAUCAUUGCGUUUUAAUGUCUUCAUGUAUUGAUUAUUUUAGAUCCAAGAGGUGAUGCCACUUCUGGUAAGUAUUCUGUUCAUGCUCAGUAUUCUUACGAGGUCAAUUUGAAAAUGAUCAACAACAACUAAACAAGUGGUGAAAAUAACAUAGAUGUGUGUAUUUCCCUGAUGCAUCAUCUCUCUUGACUAAUGACAUUUUUGAUAGAUGUGGGUAUCCGAAAAAGAAUAAUGGCAUAAAAUGUUUUUUUUCUUGGCUGUUGUAGUCAAUCUGUCCUCUGAGAGAGAUGUUCUUUCAAAUGACCCUGAUGCUGAAGGUGAAAAUGGUGAGAUAAUCAUUUCCUGGCCAAGUAAUGAAAAGUUAUCUAGCUCUCACAAAUAGAGCUAGCUAAAGCCAGAAGAAUAAUAUAGUCGUUGAACAUAGCUAUAGCCAUCAGUAUUGUAUGUUUUCCUGGUCAUCAAUCACUGUUAAUUUAGUCAAGGUCCUGACAUCAGCGUAAAGGGCUCUUUGACGCAUUACGCGAACGUGACGUUGGCUUCUAAACAAAAAAUGGCUUUAUUAAGCCCAUGAUUUUCCUUCACUAAUGUACACUAUACUACUAUAAUACUACUGUACUAUACUACUAAUAUUGAUUUCUGCCUUUGCUUAUCAUUUUAGAUGAAGCCUAUGGGAGUUGUAGAAGCUCUGGUGAGUAUUGCAGCAAUAGCUAAGUUUCCAUCCACUUGUCGAAAGUUUUUCAAGUAAAUUAUUUUCUACUCGCGUAAAAAAGAUAUGCACCAGCAGAGGUGUGUUUCCAUCAAGCUGGCUUGUUGCAGAUAGAAAGCAGUGGGUAGAUGAAGUGCACAUAUAAAUAACUUUGCAUCAUGUCUUUUCAUGUACCGAAUAAAAAAACAAAGUUCAAUGUGUUUCCAUUGCAUUUUCAACUAUACUCAUGGUUUUGUCACAAAUUGUGUUCUGAUAUAGCAAACAUGCCCAAUCUGGCCUUGGUGCAUGCUCUCUAAUCAACAGUUUUCAGAUAGGGUGGGCUACAUGGGCUGCCCAAUUCUGAUCUUUUGCCCAAUUAGUGGCAAAAUAUCAGAAUUGGGCUGCCUGUGUGAACGCAGCCACAAUGAGGUUAUGGAUAAGAGCAAUAUAUUUUUUGUUGUUGUCAAUUAGCAGCCAAGCACCGACUAUCAUGUCACCAGCAUAGCCUACAAAUAAUAAUCCUUGAUAUUUAAUUCAUUGGAAAUUACCAUCAAGCUCAUCGCCGUGCACUUCCACCAUCCUGUGAAGUUCACCUUAAUUAAUUUAAUCUGUAGCUUGGUUAACCCUUCAUGCUUUUCCAAGUCAUAGUGGGAGGACCGCACAACAUAGCAUCGCGUGACUGCAAAUAUACAGCGACAUAAUGGUUAUUCUAUCAACAAUUGCGCAACAAUGUUUCCUCUGCCAUUUGUCGCAUGAUUUAGUUAAUCAACAAACUAACGAUCCACCCCUGUCGAACAAAUUUUGUUUUGUCGACAUUUCGGAAAGGUUUGCUGUUUUCCAUCAGGCCUGUCGUGGAUUUUUUAUCUGACAGGUUCUUUACUUGCAUAAAAAUGGUUGGACAGGAACAUAGUGAGGCAUAAUUAAAUACACCACAUCUUUGCAUGAAAAGUGUAUUCUAAUGUAGAUGUUUGCCCCAUGCUGCCAAUCAUAAUAGUUCAAAAUAUAAAAUAAUAAUCAACAAACAUAUUUUUUAUUGACUGACAGCCCUAGUUCUUAUAUUAGUGCUAUAGUAGCCCACUAACCAAUCUUUCUUCCAUUCUCACAGAUUCAGACCUGUCACAGAUUCAAAUAACCUAAUUGGAAUUCAACACAGACUCUUAUCCGAUUGUCAAUUUCCAAACGUUUUACGUGCCAACUGAAGAUAACCCAGAUCAUAUGAUUAUGCAUUACCUCUGCCUGGGAUCAAGUUACCGAGGUAACUGACUACAAGAGGAGCUACGUAUCGUCUGCAGCUCAACGCUAACAUGGAAUACAGUAAAGAAUACUGAGGAAAUGAAGGGAUUGUUUUAGACAUUUCCAUGUGUCCUGAUCGUUGGCUGGCUGUUAUCACAGAGCUCAUUACUAAGAUGGUGAUAGAUAUUUACAGAGCUCA